AUGGUCCUAAUAUUGACAGUGCACAAGACCACAACCCACUACACCACGUCGCCAGUUGCUAACCGAAGGCCCCGAGCGCGGCCAUAUACGCGCUGGAAAAAUUUCGACGAGCUUUUCCUCAGAAGCCUGUGGGGUUCAGCAAAGAUUUUUUUGAUUCCGAGUACUCUCACCUAGGCCUAUCCACCCACAAAGUCUCAAUUAUCAACUCGUUGUCGAGCGGAGACCAUGCCCUAGUAAGAAAAUAGCUCAAAAAAAAGUUUACACAAACGAUGAAAAAAAGAAAUUAGUUUGAUGUCUCGAACCGAGAAAUCGAGGUGUUUUUUCUCCCAUAUUUUCGUUGAAAUUCUUGAAAAAACUUCUUCAAUUCGAUCUUUUUGUUUUGAAACGCCACUUAGAUACAAAUAUAAUUUAAAAGAAAAAUUGUAUCAGGCAACUACAAAACGAGCGUCUGGCGGCGUUCUGUGCCAAUUAUUGCGAAGAAUUGAAAUGUUUCUGUGGGAGAACUUGUUUUGAGCCCUGUUUACUAGGGAAUUAGCGCAUGAAUUUAAUGUGGCGACACGGAGAGAGAGCUCCGAAAGGGAGACUUCCAUCCGACGGACCACCACACAACAGAGAUCGAUGCAGGCCGCGCCGCCUUUCCGUCCAAGUAUUCCUUCGUUUUGUCUUCUUGCUUCAAUUAACCGCAAUUGAGUUCAUUUGCGCGUGCCGAAAAUGGCUCCGAGGUGUUUGCUUAGCUAGGCCGAUGGCCUCUUCGCAAGUUUUAGCGGUUCUUCGGUUUGCAAAAGUUUUUUCUCUAUCAAACUGCCAUUUGAAGUUAGGAUGUGCUAUGUGUAAGUCCAAGAGCAUCAAUUUUUUUAGAUCAUCAAUGAGAUGCUGAGAAAAAUCCCAUUUGCGAGUCCAUCAAAAAGUAUCAGGCUCAUUAUUUUUCUUUUUAUAUUCAUAUAGAAACUAUAAGCACUGCCUCUCUGCAAAACAAGUUUUUUUGGUUUCUGCAUUGUGGUUUUCUCGAAGAAAAGAAAUGCAUGAAAAAUUGGAGAGGGUAUGAUUAUAACUAUACGAUUUCAUACCGAACCUCUCUCAAAAACUACGAUGGCUUGAGUGUUUUACGUAAGAAAAGAAGAAAAAAGUUAAUCGCAUGGGGGAAAUAUAGAGUAUUCAUCAGUCCGAUUGAAGCUUGCACUAAAAUUCCUCAUUUGAGCUGAGUAAUGACAUGUUAAUGGACAUCAAAUUCACCUGCGUUCUCUAAAUCCUUUGUAGAUAUUCGCAAGUUUCCUAAAAGAAAUUUUGAAUCUGUGUACUUCAUUUCCUAUGUCAUGAUCGUGCUUUCUAUAAAAAAGGGAUUAGUAGUUUUUGAACAAUUCCUCUGUAAUCAUAACUGCUAGAACUGUGUAUAAGAGGAAAGUAUUCGGUUCAAAAGCCUGAAAAUCUUUCUAAAAAAUAAAACCGACUUUAGUUUAAGAGAGUGUUUUUGCAGCUUAAUGAGGCUCAAAGCGAACUGCCGCUGAUGAGCAUUUCUCCUUGGGGAGCCGCAAAAAGAAAAAUAAAAAGCGUCUUUUGGAGUGAGUGACAUAAUACGUGAUCCAAGGGUUGUUUCGCGAUCCGACCCACCCCAACGGCCUCAUUCAAAAUAAAUCUGCCAUCCUUGUUUUGCUCCGUUUUCUCGUUUCUCUGAAAAUGGAGAAAAUAUUUCUAUGUAGACUAUAGAAAAACAACUUUACGAAAAAAAAACCUUGCAUUUUGUCCUGAGAAAGGAAUGAAAAACUGCCAAUGGCUUAAAAUGAAAUUAUUGUAAAAAAAACUUCUUUUACUUUGUUCAACCUCCUCGAAAAUUUCCAUGAAAUAACUAGAUUUGCAAAUAAUCUUUUAGAUUGAUCUUCUUACUUUCAUUAUGAGUGACCGUAAAUUUCGUUAUAAAAAAAUAUACCAAGUUUUUCGGUUUGUAGGUAUUAUUUUUCAGAAACAUAAAAAAACAUUUAAUUAAUUUAACAUGUUUAAGAAUAUUAAAAAUAACUUCUGAUUGAAGAAUUUAGAGUUCUCUCAAAAAAACUGCUUCACUAUCUUGUUUGAGUUGUUUUUGGUUUCCUCACGUGCCUCGCAUCUUUUGAAUCGUGCCUCGACCAACCGUUCAUUACUACAGAGGGAAAGACAAACACGAGACAACGACGUGGUUCAAACUUAUCUCCGCCGUUAAUCGUCUUUUGAGCGUAUCGCUGCGAAUUUCGCGGCGCACGCUGUCGUCAGCGACGGCGGCGUCUCCGCUCCACGCCGACAUGCCUGGCUGCACUGUCAUCGUCGUCCUUUGGAAGUACCGGCUGAAUCUGUCACGUCUGCGGCGACGGGACGGCGUCCGCGUAAUCGUCGUCGCCCCUCCUCGGAUGCUUGUCGACGAAACCAAGUAAUUCUCGGACAACCUCUCUUCCCAAGAUGUUCGUAUCCUUGUAGCGUGGACGUCUACUACCAAGUGGAGCCGCCUAUUCGGGAUCACGACCACUGCCUUCUUAUGCAUAAAGUAUGAUUCUGAAACAGAAAAAUCAUGCCGAUGUUUAGGUUAGGGAGCUGUGUUCGAUUUUCGCAUCUUCAGUCAGGAGAAUUGUAGUUUUCGAAAGGUGUCUUCAGCGAGCCAUGGCUCAAAUACGCAAGGAGAUGGAUGUUGAGGUGAAAUUAUGAUUUAUUCACAGAUCCGUGUGAACUCCCAAGACAGGAAAAUUAAUGCAUGAAACCAUUUUGUGAAAAAUUAACCGAUUGAGUCUAGAACAUUAAAAAAAAUGAAAAAAAAAACUUUUUCGAAAGAAGGCGGACUCCUUUUUGGUCUCAGUCAGAUUGGAAAUUCUAUACCUUUAUUCUGAAAGAAACUUUGUUUUCCAUAAUAAAAAGCAAUUGAAAAAGAUUAACUGCCCAAAAAAACCCGUGCAGAAGUCGUGAAAAGUUCUGUUCAGGGCUUCAGACCGGAGCAACUCGAGCAGUUUUUCCACAGCGGCGACGCGUUUUCAAAACGGAAUGGACUCUCAACUUUGAAGUAUAGUUUUUUCCCGCUACUUUGAACUUUGAUCGGAAAAACUACUGAAGCACGUUUCUUAUGUUUUAGUUACCGAGUUUCCUAUUUUGUAGACAAUGCUCACUGUCAGGAACACCGCAGCCAGAUUCAUGGGUCGAGGCUGUGCGCUCCCAGGUAGGGUCCACCUGGGUACACUGAAAGCUCUUUUUCUCAGAUAGGCGGCUUUCCAGCCGUCGUCCGUCCGUUGAGACAUCACUGCGCUCAUUCUGUCGGCUUCAUUCGAGACGAAAGUGAAUUCAAAAACUGGUUCCGGGUUAGUUUCACGGCUUUAUCUUGUUUGUCAGCUCGAAAAAUCUUUUAUUUCAAAGCUUGCUUUUCAUUUUUAUUUUUCUAUAUCCGCUUUUUUUGUUGUGAUAGUCUGAAAAAUAUCUGCCACUUCAACAUUUUGCGUAUCGCUGAAAAAAACAUCAUUAAUUAGUCGAAAAAAAUUGAGAGCAAAUUUUGAACAAAAAAAUGGGUCUAUUUUAGAGAAUGACAAAAAAAGAUUUCAUAUUAAGUGACAGCUUUUUGCGAAGCUGUAAAUGAAGGAGAUACUUUUAGAAUAUUUUUUUCUGUCAAAAAAAUAUUUUUUUAUAUGGAACUUUUUCUAAACAUACGUGGGUAAAUGAAGAACUAAAUAGGUCCGGGAGAAGUAGACUUACAAUUAAUUUCUGAAAAGAGUUUUCUGAUAUUCUUAACGAGUUUUCGAGUGCUCAGUAAAGGACAUUUUUUGAUUUAACUCAUUUUUUACGAAAUAAUUGAAAGAACUAUGUUCUACAUUGAUCGUCAUAAAAUUCAAUUGCCAUGGAAAUCAAUAAAGAAAAUCAAAUCAAUUUUUUUUUGAAUUCGCUCGAAGUUUGAACGAAAGAAAUCAAACUUUCGUUAUUUGUGACCUGAUAAUGGAAAUAAAAGAGAGUUUAACAAGUUAAUGAAAAGGAUCUUUCUGAGUAAGGGAUCAUCAAGACUCUCAGAUUCAUGUUAUCAAAAAGGUUUUCAGCGCAACUCGAGCGUACAUCGAAAUGAGCAGUAUUUGGUGCAGGAAUAUAUGGACGACGGCCACGAAUUCACCGCCGUUUGCACUUUCCAACGCGGACUUGUCGGUAAUAAUUAUUGAAUUAUCUCUUCAAACCAAGAUUCACAAUCUGUUGGAUAUUAAAAAGACGUUUCAGGAUGUAUAUCUUCAAUGGAAACGCAUCGAUCCGUCCUCGAGUGUAUUCAAAACCAGCAGCCGUAUGGAUUGGAGCUUCUUUCGACUGACCAAACUAGAGACAUCAUGCCCGGCCUCGAGUCAUUCACAAUUCAGGUACGACCAAAAGUUGAACAAAAAAAAAGAGAAGAAGUUCAGGUAACCAAAAAUGUUUUUCCCAAUGGUUAUCUUGGCGCUCUUUUCAUUCGAGGUUAUUAUAAGGUGUAAUUUAACAUUUUCAAUUUAAUCAUGAUUUGUAGUUCAGGAUCACAACGAAAUAUUUUUUUACGGUUUUGGUUUGGAGCCAGAGAAUGAGACAAGUCGACUACUUUUGGCUUUACCUGGUCCGUCGCCUUGGGAAAACAUUCUGAUCGAAGCUCAAGCCGAGGACGAGUUGACGGUUGGUUCGAAACGGCUCCAACCAUCAUCGAUGGGUUCAGAAAGAGCCAGAAGAGAGGAACCAGUAUCACUAUUGCGUUCUUAACUUCCCAUCUGCAGAGGGGGUUCUUAUCCACCAGACAUCCGUUCAAAAGAGGUAGCUGCGUCGAAGUUGGAGAGCUCCCAGUCGAAGCAGACUAUUCUUCAGAAGCAGUGAGAUGCGUGUGGCGUGGCGAAGUGCGGAGAGCAGCGAGAUGAAAGACAGCGACCACGUGGACGACAACGUCAUGCAGGUGUUCCUAUGGCACGAAAGCCGGCCGCAGCUUCUCCUCGACUGCGAAGACAUCCUCCGUAGCACCGACAUCACCAUCGACAAGAACGUGCUCAACGAACGCCACAAUCUCUGCCGUCGAAACCUCGGCAGACAUGCCGCCAAGGAACUUGUUCGCAGCUGCACUACCGCCGACUGA